GCGUGAAGUCACAAGAGAAAACGCAGACCAUUUACUCCAAGAAUACCUUUUGAAGUAAAGACUUUGUUCAAUAUAGUCGCUACACCACCUUUCUAUGUAACACUAUCAACACAAAUGCGAUCGUCAAUUACUCAAGGGGUGCCCGCCACUAUAACCCCGCUUUCACCAAGAAAAGCGACCACAGAGAGACAGCAAACAUUCACGUUUGGAAUGAGCAACAGUCUACGUACACCUUCACGCGAUCGUGCACAAGUAUCAAAAUUUGCCAAAUUGUGGCAGGAACGCUCUCAGCGGCGCAGAGGAUUCAAUUGUACUGAAUUACAGAAUAGGUCCACAUUCAAGAUGGUCGUUAGGAAGGUCAUGUCUGCUUUGAAAGUCGUGAAGGCAUUUCUUAGUUUCUCUUUAACCUCGAAAUCGCAAGGCCAUUUUGCCUCCUUACGGUUUUUCCAGGACGCCUUUGACAUGAAUGCCAACAACGUCUCUGAAGAAGUUCGCCUUGAAGAUGAUGGCACCAAAUCACCAUUGUUUGAUCCAGCUUGGUUCAAAGCCAAUCGAGAGAUACGACUAAGCAGUGAAACGAAGGCGAUCCUUUGCCAAGAUCCGAAUACUAGAACACGCGAACAAGUUCAGACGGUGUUUCGAAGUUUACAAACGCUCUGUUCAUUUGGUGAAUACCCUUUGUAUCAUCAGAAAGCAAUGUGCCAGAACGCCACGUACCAAAGUUAUCCAAAAAAUGCAACCAUUAUUCAGCAAGGACACCGGGCAGAAAAUUUUUACUUUAUUUUAUCUGGUUCUGCCAAAUCGAUAUCUAAGCAUCCUGUCAACGGCAUUGGAGACCGGGCUUCCGAGUCAGUAUCAGUUAUGAAACGUGGAAUGUCAUUUGGCGAAGCAGAGAUCAUGAAUGAUACGUUAAGAACAGUUACAGUAACUUCGAAAACGCCCAUUGAACUUCUUGUUAUAAGCAAAGAGGAUUAUGCCAAAAUAUUCUUUGGAGCCAUGUCUGAAACUGGCAGAAAAAGCUAUAUCGCAUUUUUGAGGACGGUUGAAUUUCUAAAAGACUGGCCUGUCGACAUGCUGGAAUCUCAGCCAGAACAGUCACAGCAUUGUUACUUCAAACGGGGAUGUGUCAUCGUUCAAAACAGCAACAAUUCGCCAUGGCUGUACAUCAUAAAAUCGGGAGUAUGUGAAGUUCUUAUUCAGCUGAAAUCCGUUAAACCAAGAAAGGCCGUAGGAAGAAAUGUCCGAGAGCUAACGAGUUUGGAAGCGCUCACUAAAAUCACGUUAGAGAGAAGGCAGGAGAUGCGCAAGAGGGAGAAAGAUAAAAAAGAGCAGCGCCAAAAAACAUUGGAAAAAAGACAACGACGGAUUACUCUUUGCCAUGUUCCUGAAGGAAAGUUUUCGACAUCUGUGCGACAUGAAGAUGUUUUUCUCCGCAGAAUGCACGUAAGCGCACCAGCAAUAAUUGAUAAAUCGAUUUCAGCCAAACAUGCCAGAAAGUAUAUGCCAAGGCUGGAUAACAAUACGACGUCGCUAUCGCGCAUGUCCAAAACAGUACGUUCUAUUGGAGGUAGUAGUGAAUCAUAUCACACCUCGAUGGGAAGAACUCGAUCAUUUUCUCUACCUUCAACAUCGAUUGCCAGUGAUUUUAAGCGUCGUUCAAAUAAGAAACCUGCUUUCGUUCAAGUCGACCAAUUGCAUUCAAAGAUGGUGUUCGGCUUGUCUGAACUGGAUUUUGAGUACAAUUCUUUGCAUUCUGGGGAUCCAGUGAAUGUCAGCUUAGUUAGCCGUGGUGCAGAAUGCGUUAUGAUUUCAAAAAAGUUUUUCAUGGAGCAUGCAAACGCCUUCACGAAACGAUGGAUUCGCUUGAACGUUCAACCAUACUUGCCAAUCGAAAGACAUCAACAGACAUUACAAGAGAACAUUGAUUGGGAUGCUUUCAAAAAGAAAUUGGUUUUAGGGAUUGUCACAAGAAACAUAAAACUGAAGUAAUUGAAUACGAACCGUGACAACUCGUACGUAGCGAGAUAUGUAUACAUUAUAUUAUAACAAGAGCGGUUGCCAAGUUUUGAAAUGUAAUUUUCACUGCCCUGUGUUCUAUCCACUGGAAAGUUACAGAGUUACAUAUAAUUGCAAAUUACAUAACGUAUUUGUUCUUGUUGCCUUAGCAAUCUUUUUUAAGGUGAUAAGUGUUCCGGUAAGCAUCAUCGAGUACAGCAGGAUAUGAAGGAAGGUUACUUAGGAAUACUUGUGGAUAUAAACUAAAUACUACGGGAUAAAGGCUACCGUAAAAUAUGUUGUCAAGAAAGAAAAAAAUGCAAUUGUGUCUGUACUGCGUGACCAUAUCUAUCAUUCACGGCAUUCCUACGCCAAAAUAGUCAACAUCUAUCCGACGAGUGGCUUUGUAUUAAAGUCGAAAAUUUACUGUUUUUUUCUGCGUUAUGUUUUGAGUGAUACAUUGUAUUCUCAACACGUAUUGUACAGCUGCUGAAAAAAAUCUGUGCAGGUUAACCUUGGUGAAAUAUUGUACACAUACCAAAAUUAUGCAGACAUACUUUCUUCGUCGUCUCGCGAGAGAAUAGAUCCCAUGGCUAGAAACUAUAUUAAUGUAUUGCUGUCGUGUGACCAGACUAACACUAAAUGAUUAUGUUCUACAACGAAAUGCUUUUCGAUGAAUCUCUUGUGUUGUUGUGAAAAUGUCAAUGGUUUCAAUGUUGAUGUUACUAAUGUUUGGUUUGUUUUCUUGAUUGUCACUUUACGAAAUAAUUUUUUUUUAUUAUACUUCAAACAUCUAUUA